AUGCAGGUUCAGUCCCAAUCGAUCUCAGCUGCGGCCGCCUCCUGCGACUUCUGGAUGGAGAGCAUUGGUCAUAGAGGAGUCGCUGCUUUCAAUUCGAAUCCAUCUGGAUAUCAGGUGUUUCGAAACGUCAAGACCUUCGGUGCAAAGGGAGAUGGAGUCACUGAUGACACUGCUGCUAUCAAUGCUGCGAUCAUUAGUGGCAGUCGUUGCGCGCCGGGCUCCUGCGGCUCGACAACCACGACUCCAGCUGUCGUGUACUUUCCGGCCGGCACAUACGUAGUCUCGGCAUCGAUUAUUCAGUACUACUAUACGAAUCUGAUUGGAAACCCGCUGCCCGGUUGCAUGCCAGUCAUCAAGGCCAGUCCACGGUUUUCCGGAGGAUUGGGAGUCAUCGACAGCAACCCAUACCAAGCUGGCGGCGCUUUAGGCUAUGGCGCCACCAACGUCUUCUGGAGACAGAUCCGCAAUCUCGUCAUCGAUAUGACAGCCGUGCCUGCAUCGAGCGCGAUCACUGGUCUUCACUGGCCAAGCUCGCAAGCCACAUCCCUUCAGAACCUCGUCUUCAAGAUGAGCAGUGCAUCCGGUACUCAGCACCAGGGGAUAUUCUGCGAGUCGGGCAGCGGAGGCUUCAUGAACGAUCUGAUCUUUUACGGCGGACGCUACGGCGCGAACUGGGGCAACCAACAAUUCACCACAAGAAAUCUCACCUUCUACAACGCCCAGACAGCCAUUAACCAGAUCUGGGAUUGGGGUUGGACCUACCAGAACAUCAACAUCAACAACUGCUCGAUUGGUCUUGACAUGUCCGGGUUGGACACGAAUGGGGCUCAGACUGUCGGCUCCGUAACAUUCAUCGACUCGACUAUCACCAAUACUGCUAUCGGCAUCAAGACUGCGCGCAGCUCGAGCUCGCAGCCCAAUGCAGGUGGUAGCCUUGUUGUGGAGAACGUAAGGCUGAGCAAUGUCCGCACCGCUAUACAAGGCCCAGGUGGAGCGUUGGUGGGUGCGGUUUCGAGCAUUGCUGGUUUCUUGCAAGGAAACUCUUACACCCCAACUGGACCAAACAAAGCUCAAGGAUCUUUCACGCCCAACAGCAGACCUUCUAGUCUCUUACAAUCGGACGGAAAAUACUACCAGAGAAGCAAGCCGCAGUACGAGCGCCUUUCAACAUCCUCGUUCCUCAGUGCUCGCUCCGUGGGAGCCACAGGCAAUGGACGCACAGAUGACACCACAGCUCUUCAGAACGCAAUCAACAGUGCCAAGUCACAGGGCAAAGUCUUGUACCUCGACCACGGCGAUUACCUUGUGUCCAAGACCAUCUACAUCCCGGCAGGAUCCAAGAUCGUGGGCGAAGUCUUUCCAGUCAUCCUGUCCACGGGAAGCUUCUUCAACAACGUUUCCAACCCGCAGCCUGUGGUGAAAAUCGGUAACACGGGCGAAAGCGGAAGCAUCGAAUGGUCGGACGCAAUUGUCAGCACGCAAGGCAAACAGGUUGGCGCCAUCUUGAUCCAAUACAACCUGGUCGCUCCUGCAGGUACUCCAAGCGGUCUGUGGGAUGUUCACACUCGGAUAGGAGGCUUUGCCGGUAGCAACCUCUCCCUCGCAAACUGCCCGAAGACGCCGGGUACCACAGCAUCGGUCUCAGCCAUAAACGCAAACUGCAUCUCAGGCUAUUUGCAGCUUCACAUCAAUCGCAAUUCAACGGGGCUCUACCUUGAGAACGUCUGGCUCUGGACCGCCGAUCAUGAUGUUGAGGACAAUGCUUUACGACAGAUCACCAUCUACACCGGGCGAGGCCUUCUCGACCAGAGCACCAACGGCCCGGUGUGGAUGGUGGGCACAGGUGUAGAGCACAACCAACGCUACCAAUACCAGUUCGGCGGCGCGAACAACGUCUACGCCGGACAGAUACAGACUGAGACGGCCUACUAUCAAGCAAACCCUAACGCCAGACUCCCAUUCCCAGUCGUCACCGUCCUUAACGACCCGCAGUACCCAUCAAACGACUUCAUUACGGACGGAGACAAGUCGAACAUUCCCGCUGCAAAUGGCUGGGGUCUGCGAGUCGCCAACUCCGGCAACAUCUUCAUCUAUGGCGCGGGAGAGUACUCCUUCUUCAAUAACUAUAGCACUUCGUGCUCGGACCAGGGCAGUGGAGCGGUCUGCCAGUCUCGGAUUACUUCGAUCGAGAACUCGAAGGUCAAUAUCUACAAUCACAAUACUGUAGGCACUCGAUUCCCGUUGUCGUUGAAUGGUGUCAAUCAGAUCAGGUGGUCGGAUAAUCAGAAUGGAUUCAUCCAGACGGAGGCGUUGUUCAGGAAUUAG